AUGGAGUACCAAGCCCUUAAUCAUGAAUCUAACGAGAUUCGAGUACUCCAAUUUGUGCGUACUUCCGCUCAUACUACUACGCAAAUGGAUUACGAAGCAAAGGAAGAGGUAGUGGGCGUCGGUAUGUUGAAUCUGACUCUUAACAAUCGUCCUUUGAGCGACACGGAUCCAAAUGAAUCGCGCAACGAAUCAGGAUCAUUCCUGGUCCUUAGUUAUACAUGGGGUACUACCGAAGACAUGAGAGAGAUUGCUGUAAACAACUCAAAAAUAACGAUCCGCCGCAAUCUCUACCAAGCCCUCAAGGUGCUGCAAUCACACUAUCUGGUCUGCGAGGGCAAUAGCAUGUGGAAAGAUGCACUGUGUAUCAAUCAGAACAAUGCGAAUGAAGUUCACGACCAGAUUAAAAGGAUGGGCGCAAUAUACAAGCAGGCACAUCGCGUAGUAGUUUGGCUUGGUGAUGCCGCCGACAACAGUGAUUUUGCCAUGGACUUCAUCAAUGCGUUCAACGAUUUAUUGGACGCUGGCGAGUUGCCACUUCGCAAGUCACUAGGGCAUUUUCUAUCAGUCCAUGGUAUCGAUAUAUGGGGUGCGUUGUCAUAA